AAGAAAAGCGCGAGUUGUGAGCAAGGCGGUGAGACGGAUUGUAAUUUUGUUUUGUACGGUUACUUCACGAGCACUCAAAGUCAGUGGUAAAAAUACCUGCUUAAAGUAAUAGAAGUGUUACAGAUAGUUAAAUCAAAACUCUUAUCUCCUACUAAACUCAGCUUGCCUUCCUUCGACUGUCGAUUUCUCACACACCCCGCACUUCGGCUUCGCUAGCUCUGAGCUAGCCUAAUUGGUGGUGUGGUCUGAGUGGAUGAAGGAAGAAUGCAGACAAUAAAGUGCGUUGUUGUUGGGGAUGGAGCAGUGGGCAAAACGUGCCUGCUCAUCUCUUACACAACCAAUGCCUUCCCUGAGGAAUACAUCCCUACUGUGUUCGACAACUACAGCGCACAGAUGAGUGUGGAUGGGCGUACAGUCAGCCUGAAUCUGUGGGACACAGCAGGCCAGGAGGAGUAUGAUCGGCUGCGUACGCUGUCCUAUCCGCAGACCAACGUCUUUGUCAUCUGCUUCUCCAUUGGCAGUCCGUCUUCACAUGCCAAUGUCCGGCACAAGUGGCACCCGGAAGUGUCACACCACUGCCCCAAUGUGCCCAUCCUGCUGGUGGGCACCAAGCGGGACCUGCGCGCCGAUGCCGAGACGGUGAAGAAGCUGAAGGAGCAAGGUCUUGCACCUACCACACUGCAGCAGGGCAGUGCAUUGGCCAAGCAGAUUGGCGCUGUCAAGUACAUGGAGUGCUCAGCACUCCUGCAGGAAGGAGUACGGGAGGUAUUUGCGGAGGCUGUACGAGCUGUUCUCUACCCUGUCACCAAGAAGAAUACAAAGAAGUGCAUCCUCCUAUAGUUAGCCCGGUUCGAAGGACUUGGAGGACAUGGACAAGGAGAUGCUUUGCGUUUUCCUCACUGAAGGCUUCUCUAGCUUCAAGCCUAGCACAAGAUUUGUAGUUCUGGUGCUGUUAAUUCUUUAACUUAUGCCCAGAGAGUUAUUUGGAAUGUCUUUGUUGUUACUUGUUCCCUUAACAAACACCAAAGCAAUGAUGCCAUGAGAAUGAGCUGUGAUCUUUGACCCACCAUUAUCUUCUGUUGUGUCCAGAAAUUGCACAUAUUUUUAAGAAAUGCCACAUUUAUGAUUACUUGGCUCUUCCAGUUAUGUCUUUGUCUGCCUUUUCCAACACUGAGUGUGUAAAUGAGCUUGAUUACUUUCAGUGGACAGGAAAUAGGUUGAAAAUUAAGUGUUAAAGGGUUCAGUGUCUAUAAAGAAAGUGAAAGAUUAAAUAAAAUGGUUACAUGACAUCACCAAACAGGGAUAAGCUGUAUAAAGUGCACUUAAUUCAAGACCUAACAUCAGGUGUACCAGCUGGGGUGAAAUGAAGAUUGUGGAGUCAGUGAGUAAUCACAGCCAUUUACACAUCAUCUAUGUUGACCAGGAGGCCUAGUGGGGGUAGAGCUUUUUAGCUUUAUGUACAGUAUGUUGCCACGAAGCACUAACUGAACAACAGAACACCUGCAAUCCCCUCUGUUCCCCAGACUUUUAUGAUCCAUAGUCAGUGCUGAAGCCAGUAAUGUACCAUCCUCCUGUUUGAAAAGAGUGGUCAGAAAGCUAAAUGGACCAAAGAUCACCUCAGUAAUGAACUUCAAACAUGCAUGUGACCUUAUGCCUUCAGCUGCAGGGUAGUUUAAAAUUCCUUUGUGGAAAAUGUGUUUAUCUGCCUUAUUAUGAUCUUGAUGUUCUUCAGUCAGUUAAGUCUUUGCAAUACAAGUCUGAUUU